UUUGUGUAUAUAUAUAUAAGUAGCCAGCAUACCCUCAGUAUCCAAAGUAGAUAGGUGAGUCAUUUAGGAAAAAAGAUAAGAGAGGGAGAGAGAAAUGGUUCAAGAAGAAACAAGAAAAGGUCCAUGGACCGAACAAGAAGAUGCUCAGCUUGUAUUGUAUGUGAACUUAUUUGGGGAUCGCCGAUGGGAUUUCAUAGCAAAAGUUUCAGGUUUGAAAAGAACAGGAAAAAGUUGCAGGUUACGUUGGGUUAAUUAUCUGCACCCUGAUCUCAAAAGAGGCAAGAUGACACCCCAUGAAGAGCGCCUUGUUCUUGAACUUCACUCCAAAUGGGGAAAUAGAUGGUCAAGAAUUGCUCGAAAAUUACCCGGUCGCACGGAUAAUGAGAUCAAGAAUUAUUGGAGAACCCAUAUGAGGAAAAAGGCACAAGAGAAGAAGAAAGCUCUAUCACCAUCUUCAUCUUCUUCAUCCUUCUCAUCGAAUAGCCCUACUAUUGAAUUUACUUCAGUUACAAAGAACAAUGAAUGUAGUUUUUACGAUACUGGAGGUCGCAAGAAUGAUUUUGAGGUGGACAUGGAUGAAAUUUGGAAAGAUAUUGAAGUGUCCGAAGGAAAUUGCAAUAUUUUAUGCCAAACAAUUGUCUCUCCUACAUGGGAUUUUUUUCAAGACUCCUCCCUAUGGCCCAUAGAUAAAGAAGAACAAAGCAAGAUGGUCCUCCCAGUGAGUGAUCAUUUUAAUUCUUUUACCUUUUACAAUCAGGAAAUGACCGGCUAAUCAGAUGUUCAUUUACUUAAGG